AGCAAGUAAAGAAAAAGAAAAUUCAAUCAGGUUCACCUGAAACAGUUGAAGGGCUUUGCUGUUGGUUUUUGUACAAGAUUCAAGAAUACAGAGGAAGAAAAGUUACAGCAGCAGCAGGAAUUCUAUCGCAACAUCCUUCUUCUUCUUCUUCUUCUCCGAAUUUUCAGCGCCUUUUCACAUAUGUGAGAAAGAGUUCUAGGAAUGGAAAACACCAGCAAUGAGCAGGAAGUUGAGCCUUCGUCGGCAGAGAUUUAUGAGUUACCUGGGGAGCCUGCUAUUGUCAUUAAUGGAAUGCCUGAGAUUCCCCCAAGUGAUGGCACUCCUCUUGCUUUCUCUAAUACUGUGCGUGAUGCAGAAUCCCAUGGAAAAAUGAACUUUGGUGAAUGGUUGGAAGGAAGGGAAGUAAGAAAGUUGUUUGGAGAGCAAUACUACUCUGGUACAGUAACUGAGUAUGAUAAAGAAUCAGGCUGGUACAGGGUGGUGUAUGAAGAUGGUGACUUUGAAGAUCUCGACUGGACUGAAUUGAAAGAAGUGCUACUGCCCCUGGACAUCAUGGUUCCACUGAAAACAUUAGCCCUAAAAAUUCUCAGGAAAAGCAAGAAAACUGUCCAUAAAUCUAGGUAUGCUAUGGCUCAAUCUCGAACACAUAAAGCCAAAACCACGGGAAGUAAGGGAAAGAAGGCCUCAGUACCUGAAGAUGCUUCAGUGAUGAACCCCAAAGUACCUGAAGAUGCUUCGAUGAUGAACUCCAACGGUUCAUAAACAGUGAACAUAAAGAAAGGUUGAUGGGGUUACAUUUA